AUGUCAGAGACAGCUCCCGCCGCACCCGCCGUCCCGGCCCCCGCCGAGAAGACCCCGACCAAGAAGAAGGCGAAGAAGCCUGCGGGCAGAGCGCAGCGCAAGGCUGCGGGGCCCUCGGUGUCCGAGCUGAUCACCCAGGCCUUGUCGGUGUCUAAGGAGCGCAAUGGGGUGUCUUUGGCCGCCCUGAAAAAAGCUCUGGCCGCCGCCGGCUACGACGUGGAGAAGAACAACAGCCGCAUCAAGCUGGGGCUCAAGAGCCUGGUCGCCAAAGGCACCCUGGUGCAGACAAAAGGCACCGGCGCCUCGGGCUCUUUCAAGAUCAACAAGAAAGCGGCCGGUUCCGAUGGCAAGGCCAAACCCAAGGUUAAGAAACCCGUAGCCGCCGCCAAGCCCAAGAAAGCGGCCGGGGCCGCCAAGAAGCCCAAGAAACCUGCGGCCUCCGGGGCCAAAAAGAGCGUGAAAAGGACGCCCAAGAAGGCCAAGAAGCCUGCAGCCGCGGCGGCCGGUGCCAAGAAACCGGCUAAGACCCCGAAGAAAGCCAAAACUGUUAAACCCAAGAAAGCAGCCAAGAGCCCAGCCAAGCCUAAGGCGGCAAAGUCGAAAGCGGCCAAGCCCAAGGCUGCGAAACCCAAAGUGACCAAGCCCAAAAAGGCGGCGUCGGCCAAGAAGAAGUAA